AUGGGAAAGACUAGAGAUCCCUUCAAGAAAAUUAGAGAUACCAAGGGAACAUUUCAUGCAAAGAUGGGUUCGAUAAAGGACAGAAAUGGUACGGACCUAACAGAAGCAGAAGAUAUUAAAAAGAGGUGGCAAGAAUACACAGAAGAACUGUACAAAAAAGAUCUUCAUGACCCAGAUAAUCACAAUGGUGUGACCACUCACCUAGAGCCAGACAUCCUGGAAUGUGAAGUCAAGUGGGCCUUAGAAAGCAUCACUAUGAACAAAGCUAGUGGAGGUGAUGGAGUUCCAGUUGUGCUAUUUCAAAUCCUGAAAGUUGAUGCUGUGAAACUGCUGCACUCAAUAUGCCAGCAAAUUUGGAAAACUCAGCAGUGGCCACAGGACUGGAAAAGGUCAGUUUUCAUUCCAAUCCCAAAGAAAGGCAAUGUCAAAGAAUGCUCAAACUACCGCACAAUUGCCCUCAUCUCACAUGCUAGUAAAGUAAUGCUCAAAAUUCUGCAAGUCAGGCUUCAGCAAUACAUGAACCAUGAACUUCCAGAUGUUCAAGCUGAUUUUAGAAAAGGCAGAGGGACCAGAGAUCAAAUUGCGAACAUCCACUGGAUCAUCGAAAAAGCAAGAGCGUUCCAGGAAAACAUCUAUUUCUGCUUUAUUGACUAUGCCAAAGCCUUUGACUGUGUGGACCAC